AUGAAGAAGGAGGUGAAUCUCGGCUACAACAUGCAACAGGAAUUUACAAAGAAUUAUAAGGCGAAAAAUUGCGCCAUGUAUCUGACAGAAAAACUAUUAACCAAUAUUUGGACAAGGAAGGAAUCACCUGUAUGUGAUUUACCCAAGAGGAAAGUGUCACAUUCUGUGAGUAUUUGGCAACUUGAACGAGAUCUCAUUGCAGUUGUCAGUUCCCCGAAAGAAUGGUCAUAUCCCGGAUAUCUCGAGGCCAUGAAGCCUCAGUUCAAAAAUAUCGCUAAAAUUGAAAAGUUUCAAGAGAAAUUUCUGUAG